AUGAACAAAAUAGUGAAAAUAGUUAUACUUAUAGCGAUAUAUACUUAUUUAAUCAAUUAGUCACGAUUUUGUCGUAUUCUAAGUCUACUAAGUAAUCACAAUAUUAACUAAAAUGAAACUGGUUCAUCUCUAGCCUCGGGGGUUCAUAUCUAACCGCUUGUGCAGCGUGCUGAUCAGUGCACAAAAUUGUGACAAAUGUCACUAUGUCAAGUUCAAAGGAUCAUCACCAUGUGAAGAAUUCGCGAGCGCAUGAUUUGGGCAGGCAUGUGAUCAGGAAACCGAGAUCGCAGCCUACUACGCCAGUGAAACAGGGAAAGGAUUCCGUUGCUGACCUUCUUCAAUUGGAAAUUCACUCUGCAGCUGGCCAGUUGCUAAUUUCACCUGAGAAGUCGAGAGAUGGCAGCAGAACACCAUCUCGAGGCAGGUCCCAGUCCGCAGAACGGCCCAAAAAGACAUUGAAAUUCAAAGAGGUAAUUCGGAAAAAUGACGAGAAUCUUAAAUCGUCGACGAAAAUGCCAGAGCAGAAGGAUAACUCAUCAACACCUAGGGACAAAGUACGCCCACGCAGCUCCCCACAUCCCAACACGACUACACUCUCCUGCAGUGAUAACACAGCCUCUCCAAGGCUCUCCACACCGGCCAAGUACUUCCGAUCACCGAUAAUUCCGAAGGAUAAAACUCCGAAAAAGCGGCAGGGUCUGUCUCCCAAAGGGAAUAAACUGCAAACGCCGAGAGCAGGCGACAGAGACACCGACAGCAGAACGCCAAGAAAGUCGCCGAUAAAUCUGCAGUCGAUUCUAAAAACGCCGAAGAAGACGGCGCCAGCUGGUGAUGAGGGCACACCGGACACUGCUUAUUUCAGCAAGCCGACCAGUGUGCAGCGAGGGAAGUUCGCCGCGACGACGUGUAAUACGAAUGGCUUGACACCUACGACUACAAGCCAGCCUUGCUCACUGGACAACUUCGACGAUGAAGAGGGAAGCUCAGUCACAGUUGGUGUGAGAGUUCGUCCGUUUACGUCGAGGGAGCUAUUAGAGGAGAACCUGCGGAGCGUCGUGCAGAUGAGCGGAAACAAGUGCGUCGUGACGACGGACGCCGGGGCGACGCACGACUUCCACUACGACGCGUGCUUCUGGUCGUUCGCGGCGCGCGACGACCACUUCGCCGGACAGUACACGGUGUAUAACACGAUCGCUCAGCCGCUGCUUGCUCGAGCGCUGGAGGGAUACAACGUCUGUCUGUUCGCUUACGGACAGACGUCGUCAGGAAAGUCCUACAGCAUUAUGGGUGAGCCGAACGCACCUGGCAUAAUUCCACGCUUCUGCGAGGAUCUCUUCGCGGAAGCUGUACCAGGGGGCGCUGUAGUCUACAACAUAGAGAUCAGCUACUAUGAGAUCUACAAUGAGAAGAUUCAUGAUCUCCUGCAAGCCAGUAAUGAGAAAGGCCAGAAGACCUCGCUGAAGGUGCGGGAGCAUCCCGUCAUGGGUCCGUACGUGGAAGACCUCACGAAGGUGCCGACGCAGAGCUACAGCGACGUGCUCGGCUGGCUGGAACUAGGCAACAAGCAGCGCGCGACGGCAGCGACGGGAAUGAAUGACAAGAGCAGCCGCUCACACUCCGUCUUCACCCUCGUGUUAACGCAGACCCGGACUGAUUCUAUUGACGACAUCUUGCACGAGAGCAGCAAGACGAGUCGUAUCAACCUGGUGGACCUGGCUGGCAGUGAGCGUGCUGCUAAUGCCAAAACAACUGGCGACAGAUUCAAGGAGGGAGUUAAUAUCAACAAGUCGCUGAUGAUGCUGGGGAAGGUCAUACUGCAACUCGCUGAGCGGUCGAGGAAGAAGACCUUUAUUCAGUACCGAGACUCCGUGCUAACAUGGGCUAGAGUUGGAGUCGCAGUGAAAGUGGACAGUAAGACGCCCUACCUGGUCAAUCUGAAUGAAGAUGCGCAGCUAUCCGAGACCCUGCUCUACCUUCUGAAGAGCGGAGUGACGACUGUCGGUCGCAUGCAAGAGGGCACCACCCGUGACAUUCAGCUAAUGGGAGCACUCAUCGCAACGAAUCACUGCACUAUACGAAACGAAGAUCAGGCGGUGACCGUGUAUCCGUGUGCGGAGGCACCCACCUAUGUUAACGGCGCCGCUAUCAGCACCGCCACGCAGCUGCAGCACGGCGAUCGACUGGUACUGGGAGGUGAUCACUAUUUCAGGUUGAACAACCCUGCCGCGGCUCAGAAACGCUCCGUGGGCGGCAAGAGUAGAAACAAGGACUUCACGUAUGCUUACGACGAACUCGUACAGAGGCAGAAGGCAGAAGUUGAAGCAGAGAUCCGAGAGGCGGAGGUGAAGGUCCGCCAGGAGGCGCUAGUGGAGAUUGAGAAGGCGAAGCAGGAUGUUGCUCAUGAGAUGAGCAUGCAGAAACACGACUACGAGGCGCAGCUGCAAGAUCUGCAGGAAGUGCUGGAUGUGCAGAAGGAGGAGCAUAGGGAGGAGAAGAAGCAGUGGCAUCAUACGCAAAAAGAGGUUGACAAGAUUGAACAAGAAAAAUGGCUCCUAGAAGCAGAGAUCGCAAAAAAGGGACUGGAGCUAGAUCUGAUUUCUAUGAAAAAGGACAGUCAGCAGCAUGAGAGUGAAUCAUGGGCAGUCCUAGAAGCAUUACAGAAGGAAGCCAACCUGGCAACACAGGGUCUUACAGGCAUGCAGAGCCCCACUCGCACGGCCACCAAGAAGCGCCUCAGCUGCGCGCAGCUGUACCGACAGGCAAUGAUGAUGCGGGAAGCUAACACGAUCGCCAAGACGCUCGGCAAACAGAUGGAGUUUGUGCGGGAGAGCGCAGCAGGAGAGGGCGCUACGCGAGCUGACAUUCGCGUGCACAACCGCAAGCUUGGCGUGAGCACGGUGUGGAGCAUCGAGCAAUUUGACACGAGGUUGCAGCAGAUGAGGGAACUCUUCCAGACCUCGAGCAAAACUGGGGAAGAAGAGGUGUUCUACAAUCCGAAGGACAAGUGGUACAAGGAUGGCCACACCACACCUCUACGCAGCCCUAAUGUGUUGCAAGCUCUGCAGAAGACGCGUCUCAGCGCCAGCUUCUGCAUGUCCCCACUAACCUCACACUCCAGUGCUGCCAGCUGCACAUCUGUCGGCAGACGAGCGUCUGUGAAACUGAGCGACUCCAGUUGCUGGUCGAGCAAUGCGUCGAUGCUGGCAGGGGGCGCCGCCGGUGCAGGCGUGGAGGCGGUGCUGACACCUACACUCAGCGCCUGUAGACAUCUCAUCACGGACAGCAUAGAUCGACUGCAGACGAAUGCUGAUGAGGAGCAAGAGGAAAGUCAGGCAGACAAGAUGCUUGCCACUUGUCAACAGCUGGAGACCGCGUUGACAGCAUUGACAAAAGAAGCGAGCUGUGAUGACACCAGUAAGACAAAAGGAUCAUACCAGUCAUGGUGGAGGACUCAAGCACGCUGGUGCGGCAGUGGCAUCGUCGAUGUAUGCAGGCAUGCAGGGGAGCUGGCGUGUGCAUUGCAGACUGCUGCUGUCUGCCUCGGUGAAUGCACCACCGGCAUGGAGGUGUCUGCGGCACUGAAGCAGGCGUUCGUGUCGGGUGGUGCACUGCACGUGGACAGGACUCUACAGAGCAGUCUGACAGCUGUAGAAGACUACCACACACAGACGCAGGCCAUCCUGAACGGUGACCGUUCACAGCGAUAUCUGGAGUCGGCGCAGCAUCUGCAGGCUGUGCUCGCAUCUAUGAUGACCCUCCUCUCCAAACUACGCAUGUUUCAGGCCAAGACGGACUCCUCGCUAUCCUCUUCACUGUCCUCCACUAGUGACCAGUCGAGUGGCCUGCUUGCUGACCAGCUCUCACACAGGUUUGACCACUGCAAGACCGUAGUGGCCGAACUCACCCAGGUGACCAGCGGACUGCUGCUUCUUACUCACGGAAUCGUCGACGCCAACAAGGGUCAAAGGGAUGACCUCACAGAGAUUCGCCGCAUCGCCCGCAGCGUCAAGCGCACAGUCUGCAAACUCGCGUCCGUGCUCGGCGUGACACUAGAGGGCACUACCGAUGAUGCAGACGACUGCGCAGGCGGCGACUGUUCCUGCAAGCUGUUUGCAGGUUGCCGUAGCGACGAGGUAGAGGACUUGCUGCAGGACGUGCAACAUGCUGUCCAGAUGCUGACCGAUCUUCUAGAGUGGCAAAUCGGCUACUCGCACCUCAACCUGGCAUUAGUGUCGCCCUGCACGCAGCGUCACGCCCAGGUUCCCGAAUCCCCCGAGGUGUCUCGCUUCGUCAGCCUGAUGCGGCCGAGUCGACAGAGGCACGGCAGGGCCGGCGGAAGGCUGUCGCUCGUACAGAUGGUGCUGGAAGACACGAGGCAGACUGUGCAGAAGUCAACGCGGUCUCCAAGGACGGGGAGGUUAGCGCAGAGCAAGUAGAGGUCACGGCGGACCGGCAGGUCAGCGCAGAGCAAGUAGAGGUCACGGCGGACGGGGAGGUCAGCGCAGAGCAAGUAGAGGUCGCAGUGGACGGGGAGGUCAGCGCAGAGCAAGUAGAGGUCACGGCGGACGGGGAGGUCAGCGUGGGGAGAGUACGAGAUGUACUUGUGAAGACACGCUAAAUGCUUGGAGAUUGUAUUUAUGUUGAAUAAGAAUUGUGCGUGUACGUGGUGGAUUAUAUCGUCUAUCAGUGGACAAGCUUGUCGGUGUGGUCUGAUAGAAGCAUUGUUCAAUGGAGGCACAUAUCGCUCUAUUGCUCUAUGCAUUACUACUUAUACAGGAGAGCUUUGAGUUUUGCUAUGCUCUCAGAAGAAAAAAUGUUGUAAAAAUGAUGGAGUCGAAUUUUGUAGUUGUACGUAUUUUGCUGUUUUAACGAGAAAGGUAUGUUAAACAACUAAAUUCCGGUAUUGUCACUGUUGUAUGUACACAAUACUGUUGUCGCGCUAAUGUGCAGUAUAUUUUGGUAUUUUCAUAUCGUAGAUAAUGUAAAAUAACGUUAGUAGUAAACGUUAAAGUAAGUAACAUAAUUGGUUCAUGUUAUCCAUUAAAAAUAUGGUAUGAAACGAAAAUAUAUCAAAAAGCACGAUAAUCGGACUCAUUAUAGAAAUUUAUAUAUAACAUAAGUUGUAUACAAUGUAGCGUGUAAGAUACUGUUAAGCUUAACUCACUCUUGACUUGCAUUUAUGGAUAGCAAGACGACCCCACAAUGUUAACACCAUGUGUAAUGCCAAGAAUUUGUAUGGAAUGAAUGUGUGCGGAGGAGUUUGUAAUUUGCAAUUGUAGAAUUUUCACAUUUAAUAUUGUCGCGAAGCACAAUUCAUUUUCGUUCUUGAAGUUGAAUUGUAGGUAACUGAGAAUGGGCUACAGAAGCUGCAAUAUUUAUUUAUUAUCAUGGGUGACGUGUUAUAAUUUGUUGGCAAUGAUCGAAGUGUGGAGAGCUAAAACCGCUCCUAAUAAACAAAAACAUGAAUAUUAAAAAUG